GAUCUCCUAAUAGGAGCCAUGAACUGGCAGUUCCAGGUCUCCUGUCUUUUCCUGCUAUUCCUGGUUGGCUUCUCUCAGGAGAUCCCGAAGUCACAAAAGGUGAAGGUGGAUUGCAACAAAGAGGUGACUGGCACCAUCUAUGAGUAUGGAGCUGUCACCCUCAAUGAUGACAAGUACAUCCAGUUCAAACAGUAUGCAGGCAAGCAUGUCCUCUUUGUCAACGUGGCCACCUAUUGCGGUUUGACAGCUCAGUAUCCUGAACUGAAUGCACUGCAGGAGGAGUUGAAGCAUUUGGAUGUCAUUGUGUUGGGCUUUCCUUGUAAUCAAUUUGGAAAACAAGAACCAGGAAAGAAAGCAGAGAUUCUUUCUGGGCUCAAGUAUGUGCGUCCAGGUGGUGGCUUUGUCCCCAAUUUCCAGCUCUUUGAGAAAGGCGAUGUGAAUGGAGAAAAAGAACAGAAGGUCUUUACAUUCCUGAAGAACUCCUGCCCUCCAACCUCCGAACUUUUGGGUUCUUCACAACAACUCUUCUGGGAGCCCAUGAAGGUCCAUGACAUCCGCUGGAACUUUGAGAAGUUCCUAGUGGGGCCCAAUGGAGUUCCUGUCAUGCGCUGGUUCCACCAGAUUCCAGUCAGCACAGUCAAAUCAGACAUCCUAGAGUACCUAAAGCAGUUUGAUACCCAGUAGGAAGGGCUAGCACUGGCAGAAGUAGCCACCAUCCCUCCCUCCUGAAGAACAUGCCCAUCUUUGCUCCACAUUUCUUCCUACUUAGCCUCUCUAUGACCAAAUCAUCUUGAGCUACUGAAGCAGCUGCUUAUGAACGUUUGAGCAGGUGUGUGUAUGUAUGUGUGUUUGUGUGUGUUUGAAGAUUAAGGAAAGAAAACUUAUCUAUCCAAAUCUCUGAUGGUGAAAUAUCAAGUUUUCCCCAAACUAUUCCAAAGGAAAGUCAUUUUAGGAUAAAUGAUUCAGACUACCUUAAGUCUGUUAAAAAGCAAACACCCGGAAGUUCUGACAGCUAUCCUUUCCCUGUUCUGGAAGUCGAAAGAAAGGAAGAACUGAUGGCAAGAUUUUCUAGUUUGCCUUCCUAGCCUCACUGUCCUCCAAGGUGGGUGUGCAUUGGUAAACUCUUCCUUUCCCUUCUUUAUUCUCCUUUAUUCCUCUGCCACCCUGGAAUGAAGGAUUCUGGAGACAGAGUGAGAGCACAAACUUUACCUCACAUGAAGGGAGGGACAUUUCCAUGAUGGUGGGUCCUAAAGUCCCUCUGAACUGGAUCCUACCAGAGCCUUCCUUGUCCCUUAGUGCAUUCAGGUCACGGCACCUGGGCAGGGAUGUCCUUUCCUUCUGAAGAUGGGCUUUCUCUUCACUGUAAGCCUUCCUGACUUUAAGCAUAUCAUUGUCUGAAAUAA